GUGCUCUGCUCUAUUCUUGUCCCGACGCUGUACUUCAGGGCGUUCUUCAACAAGGAUCUCCUUCAGAAAUAGCGCGUCGAUCGACUCCCGUUCAAGCAUCAUGAUUACCAGCCUUUCUGCACUGUAACGUCGAAUGCUCAACUCAUGGACGUAACAAACCACAAUAUGGAGAAAAAGGUGCCACGAAGACAUCUGAGGUACUGUCAUCGUCCAGCGCAGCGUUCUUGUUGCUAGCUGAAGACGUACUUUUCUUGAUUGUAUCUCAUCUGGGAAACGUCCGACGCUUUCGACCUGUCUGUCACCGCUCAUUCGCUUCAUCAGCUCGGAAUACGCCAAACCACCAUGGGUGAAACCUCUAGAAGACGUUGGGGCAGAAUAUGCGUGUUCAUUCUCGAGUAUAUUUCCGAUUGCGCUCGCAGGGUGCGACACCUCACUAUCGAUCUUCACCGAUCGGAAGUCCUCAUGGCACUGGGUUACCUUGCUACCCUCCUACGAGAAACCAAUAGUCUUAGGUCUGUUUCUCUUUCCCUUGCUGACGUUGUGUCGGAGUAGGCGACAGGAAGCCAGGAAGUAGCAUCGGCAGCCGCGGCUCUCCCGGGCCUGGUUAGCUUGGACCUGAUAAGCCUUCGACAGAAGAAAUCUCUCGAGUUUCUUCCUUGAUUGGCUAGCCGUCCCCAACAGCUAACGCUUCACGCUCGAUGCCACGGCGACUGUUCGUGGUCCAAUCGGCCUUUCGCCGG